CGACUGUUUUCGGGGAUUCAGUCGGACCUUGGGCAGCUCACGACGAUCCUCCACUUAAUUGUUGCUUCAGCUGCUUCGUCUUUCUUUCUUUCUCACAUCAAUCUGAGCUCCUCUGCCCAGCCGAUCCCGGGAGACCCAGCCCACACUCAAAAACCACUCACAAUGGCAGACCAAGCAAAGCAAAGAGUCGCCGCCCUCGGCAAGCAGCUCGCCCCCGGCGGCGGCGCUCCUCCACCACCACCGCCCAUCACCAAGAUCGCCGGCAGGUCUGCCGGCCCUCGUGUCGAGGGCAAGGUCGUCAUCGUGACGGGCGCCAACUCGAUCCUGGGCAUCGGCCGCGCCAGCGCGCACCAGUUCGCCGAGAACGGCGCCCGCGCCGUGUACCUGUGCGACUUUGACGGGACCAACCUCGAGGCGCACAAGCGCGAGAUCGCCUCGCUCUUCCCGGGAGUCGACGUGCACGUCCGCCAGUUCGACGCGUCCGACGAGAAGUCGGUCAAGGCCGUCGUCGACGACGCCCUCGAGCGCUACGGCCGGCUGGACGUCUUCUUUGCCAACGCGGGCAUCGUCGGCCCGCACGAGUCGUUUGCCGACCUGUCCAAGGCCGACUUUAUGAAGGUCCUCGACGUAAACGUCGCCAGUGUCUGGCUGGCCGCCAAGUACGGCGCCCCGGCCAUGAUGAAGACGUCGGCGGAGAAGCCCGCGCCGGGCGGUAGCAUCAUCGGCACCGCCUCCGUCGCGGGCAUCCGCUCGAACGCGGGGAGCACGCCGUAUUCGGCCUCAAAAGCCGCCGUCAUCUCCCUCGCCCAGACCAUUGCGUACCAGCUCGUCGGCACCAACAUCCGCGCCAACGCCAUCUGCCCUGGCCUGAUCGAGACGGGCAUGACGGCCCCGACGUACGAGAUCGCCCGGUCGCGCGGCACCGAGAAGAAGAUUGGCCAGCUCAACCCGCUGCGCCGGGGCGGAAAUGCGGAUGAGAUUGCUCGCGUGGCGUUGUUCUUGGGCAGCGACGAGUCGAGUUAUGUCAACGGCCAGGCGUGGGCGGUGGAUGGUGGCCUCAGUAGUGGGCACCCAUACGUGCCUGGUAAGAUGGCUUGAGCGAUGGCGAGUGCCUGUGAGAUUCGUGUUCGUAGCGUGAAAAGUACAUCCAAACAUACCAAGCAUUUCAAGAACUUGGCACUGGCGUCCUCUCAGCCGUGGUGGGUUGAUCUUGUGCCGUGAGGAAUGCAAGAUGAUGACCAAGAAGACUCGUACUUUGAGAUUGCAGAAUGGAUAACGUCUUGGGCAUUGCCAACAUUGCGCAGUACGUCUCGUUUCAACUUUUACCGUUCGACAAUGUCAUUACCUAUCAAUCCUCGAUGGGUUAUCU